AUGAAUGGUGGUACAUUUCAUAGGCGAAGAACAAUGAGAAGAAGUCCAUUGAUGGAAAUAAGCAGCAAGCGUAGUUUUGUGAAUCAAAAUAAAAGAAAAGAAAAAAGUUUUGAAGGUCUGCAUGGAAUAAAUUUCUUCAAACUUCCCUUGAAUACACAAAAACAACAUAAAAUUGAUUUGAAAAACUGA